AAUUCCAUGACGGGAACACUCAAUCCACUGAUAAAACUCAUGUGAUGUGAGUAAAACCUACAGAACAGCUGCUAGAGGUGAAACACAAAAUUCUUUUCCAGUGAGGCUCUUGAUGGUAAAAUCUGGGGUCUCCCUAGGUGAAUAACAUGGCAAGACUGGGUGUCUGAAUCUUGAUCUGCAAUUUGCACGCUUUACCCUGGUGAUUUUCUGGGUGUGGGCUGCCAUCUUGUGGUGAUGAAGAGGUACAACAGCCACAGUUGUAACCACACUAUUAGAUAAUUAUUGUCACCCCUCAGGAUAGACAUCCAUAGCUGUUUGUAGAGGUAAAGCACUGUUCAUUUGUGUGCCCUUUGAAUAUUAAUCCACAAAACUGGGUGAAUCAAAAAUUCAACCUGCUUCACAUGUAGUUCUGUCUUGUCCUGUACACCCAGCAGAGGUCGUCCUGCAGUCUGCUCAGCUCUGACUUUUCUCCCGACAAUUAUCAGCAGAGGCGAAUUUGCUCAGUUUGACCAGAGGGAUGAAAGACUUUCCAUUAUCCAUCCUCUAGCAGCAGUGUCUUCAGAUUGGUCACCUGGACUCAUCUGGGUGUGCGUGUCAUCCGAGCGGCUCUGUUGAAUGAAUGCAUUUCACCGCCAACAGCUAAAUGUCAAACCUUUGGCAAAGUGCGCGCGCCGCCCUGCGCCACACGGUGAGGAUGGGUGGACCGAGCGGAGCGGAGCGAUAGGGCGCAUUUCUUAAUUCCCCCCCUUCAACGCCGCUUCCUCCCCCUCCACCACCGCCACCGCCACCACCAACCUCCCCCCACCCCCACCCUCCACCUCCAGCCCCCUGGACAACACGACGAGACCGCGGGACCGCUUGUGUUUCCCGUUCACCCGCACACACGAGUAGGAUUGAUCCAAUGUAUUAUUUACGAACGAAACUUCAGCAACUUAUCCACUGGAUAUGGCUCCCGGUUUGAGGAGUGGGCGGACGGGUCACCCCGAAGUGGUGGGAGACGCCGGCGGCGGAGCGGAUCCCGGCGGGCGCUCGCCGCAGAGGACGGACGCCAGAGGUGGAGGACUGGGAGGAGGAGGAGGAGGAGGAGGAGAGGGGAGAUGUUUGAGGACCAGGUGGCGAACCGGAGCAGCGGGGAUGCUUGCGAACUGCCUCCUGUCUGUGGGAAUGCUUUUACUUCUCGUCCGGUGCGCUUUGGCCGCAGAGGAAAAAUCCACCUAUGAUGCCUCUGGCUCCUCGUCCCUAGCAGGUGACCCCACAGCCACAGCUGGUCCUGCUCACCCACUGACGGACCUGUCAGUGGUGGAGGAGGUGCCUUUCUCAGCUGUCCGUUCAGAUGGUGACCUGGAGUCUGAGGGGGAGGGCUUAUCAGGGCAGCCUGCCUUUUCCUCUGUCUUAACCGUCAUGGCAGGAACUGUCAAACAUCCAGUGAGCCUUGAUCAAAGUAGAACCUCGCCAACCAUCACCAGGGACGAGACCCACACCACCCAAUGGCCUUCACAUAGUUCCAGCCAUGGCUCAGAGAUGUCCUCCUCGUCGUCGUCACAUGUGGGAGAUAGGAUCCUCCCCGCCAGCUCAGAGGCGGGGACAGAUGAGUUAAAUGCUGGAACCUCCAGAGCAGUUGCGCUCACUUUCCCCAAAGAAAAAGAGGCCAGUCUAGCCCCCUCUCAGUCUGUCAGAAUUACACUUUCUGCUCGGCCCACUGAAAGGACAUCUCAGGUACCGCCUCUGACCCCCCGACAGGAUACCACAACAGCCUCUGCGAAGCUCGCCACUGCAACUGAAGCUUCACCCGCCAAAACUAAAACCCCCGCCACUACCAUGCCUUCCCUGAGAGUCACCACGCAGUCUACUACCACGCAACAGCCCACGCCUGUUACCAGGAGAACCACCACCACCACCACCACAACUGUCAGGACUCAAACCAGCAGGAGAACAUACACUCCACUUGUCCCGAGAACAAGCCCUCCCAGGGGGGCCACCACUGUUUUCAUCUCCCCUUUCACCACCACCACAGAGGCUCCACCACAGCAGUGCAACAUCACAGAGAGAAUGUGGGUGAAAACAGUUGUUUCCAUCUAUGUAAGAAGAAACAGGCUGGACAGCAUCCAGAGGCAGAACCUGCGGAGGGGACUCAGCCAGGGCCUCCGAAAAGCUCUGAACGAUACGAACGCCCAAGCACAGGUGGAGACUGUGUUUGGCUCUCCCAACAUGACGGUGGCUUAUCACGUGACUGGAGGGGACAUGGUUUACCCCCCUUCUGUUGUGCUGGAAGGCUUGGACUCCUAUGGCCGCGAUAAGCUGAUUGCAGACUUGCGACAGUACCUCCCUAUGGUAACAGCUCUGCCCCUUCCAGCUACAUUAUGGAGACCCAGCCCAGCCACUGGCUUCCAGCUGAAAACAGUGCUGCAGUUUGUGGGAGCAGGUGAUAAUCCUCGGUCCUGUCGAUUCUCUCAAAUGAUGGAACAGAGACUUGAGAAGGUGUUUUCAGAAGCGCAGGCCAAAGUGCUCAGCACUAACAGCAGACUUUCUGUUCAGAUGCUGAGCGUCACCCAGGCAGCAGGCUCUCCUGCUGUGUCAUUGGUCUACACUGUGAGUAAUGGCACUGUCUUCCUUAAUGGCACCACUGCCUCAAACCUCCUUGGUCAGCUGUCGGCUGAGCUGGUGGGCUACUUCCUCUUCUAUCCACCACUUAUCAUUGCUGAGCCACUGGAGUAUCACAAUCUGAACACCUCCAUUGCAACCAGAGACUUCUGGGUAAUCACAGUGAUCCAGGAUGUGGAUAACGCCAGCCUAGAGGGACAGUACCAAAGCUUUGCCAGUUUAAUGGAGCAGCGGCUGGCAGAGUUGUUUGUGUUGGCAGGCCAGCAGGGCACUCGUUUUAGACGAGCCACUACUGUAGGCAGCUACACCGUCCAGAUGGUGAGCAUACGUAGGGUGUCGGGGUUGAAGCAUCCAGUAGAGAUGACCUACUACGUUCAGCACAAUGGCGUCCCUUUAUCGGGCACGUCAGCCGCCAAGGUCCUGAACACAGUGGAUUCUCAGACCAUGGCGCUCACCCUGGGCUACUUUGUCCAGCUCCAAGCAGAACCUGUGGUCAAGAACCCUCCUAAUAACCUUUGGAUAAUCGCUGCAGUGUUGGCCCCCAUUGCUGUUGUAACACUUAUUAUCAUCAUCAUAACAGCUGUGCUGUGCAGGAAGAAUAAAAAUGACUUUAAAGCUGAUGCCAUAGGCAACCUCAAUCCCCGAGCUAAGAUGGCGUAUCGGAGAGAUGUGGGCUAUUAUCACCAGCCGGUCCAGGGUUUUGACUAUGCCAAGCAGCACCUGGGACAACAGGGGGGAGAUGAGGAGACCCUGCCUGUCAGUCAGGAUACCUUAGUGAUGUCCCUACAAAUUCGGGACACGCCACUUUCACUAGAGAAGGCGCUGCAACAAGAUGGAACUGCCAACAAGAAAAGCCUCACUGCUGACAAACACAAAAGCAAGUUGCCGAGUGAGGACGGUUCCGUCAUCAGCAACGAAUCAGAGAAGCUGAAUUCCAGCAGGGGCUUGACGGUGCCGAAAGUCACAGCACAGCAGAAACUGACAAAGGAGGAGACGCGCAAGAGGGACGAUCCAUAUGACACCUCCUCUGGCUCCCUGCAGCUCAUUUCCAUAAAGCCCAUGGUUGCUCAGCCCAACUACUCGCACCCUGCAUCAUCUGACCGCAGCCAGGACUCAGCCAUUGUCAAUGGAGAGGUGAACUUGGCUCUGAAGCAGAAGUCAGACAUCGAGCACUACAGGAACAAGCUGAGACUGAAGGCUAAGAGGAAGGGCUAUUAUGACUUCCCCUCCACAGACGGCAGCAGCAGCAGUCGAGCCCUGGCGCAGAGGCAGCGGCAUGGCCAUGAGAGGGCAGCUGGUGAGCAUGGCAGACCACUGGAGCCUGAUGAUGAGCGAGGUUCCACUUAUGUCAAGUCUCACAGGAGGCACUCCCAGGUAGGGCAGACAGCCUAUCGCAGCAGACAGAGUCUGAGCAGUCCCAGUCCUGGAGGAACAGAGAUGGACCUGCUUGUCAUGAGGGAGAGACCCAGGAGAGGCAUCCGCAACAGCGGCUAUGACACUGAGCCAGAGUUGAUUGAGGAGACGAAUGUCGACCGUCUAAUGGGGCCACGGGGAUACAUGUACGGCCGGGGCUUGAAAGGCCACUCAGAGACAUCCACUCUGAGCUCACAGCCGUCCAUUGAUGAAGUGCGACAGCAGAUGCACCUGCUGCUGGAGGAGGCAUUCAGCCUGGCUUCUGGGGGACAGUCCACGUCCGGAAGGCAGUCCCACCACCACCAUCACCAGCCCCCUCCUGACCACUACAACCCCGCACCGCCUCCCCUCCCGUACGCAGACGUGGUGACCAGCGCUCCGGGCACGAUGAGCUGUGGACGCGGAGGCCUGCAGUGGGUACCAUCUUACGGUGCAGACGUGUAUCAGUGCAGCCUGCCUAAACCAGCCUUUCGCUUCACUCAGCUUCCUGAGAUGGCCAUGGGUUCCCCUCCCCCUUUACCACCUCGCAAUGGACCUCCUCCUGGGACCUCUUUAAGACGUUCCACUUCAGACUUGGGGCCUAAGGGAAGGAGCUCAGAGACAUCUGUCACUGAAAUGCAGAGUCAACAUGACAACAACCCAUAUGGGCUAACCACUAGAGCAGCACUUCCAUCUAUCACUGCAGAGCAGCCUGUGUCCAACUACUCAGGAAACCCAAUAACAGCUGUCUACGCCAUCCCAGCCUCCAGGUCGGGCUACUCAGAAUACUUUGUCUCCACACCGCCCACCUCCUACCAUAGUCCCUCUUGGAUGUCCUAUCCACCUGAACCUGAGGAUGUGCCGCCACAGUGGGCAGACUCUGUUCCCUUGCCUGGGUAUGUAGAGGCUUUCCCUCAUCCUCGCUACCCACAGGGAAGCCCCACCAGGCUGCCCCUGGAAUAUAACCAGACACUGGAGCAACCGUCCGUUGCCCCCAGCACAGCAUCCCAGCAAAGCCUGCCCCAGGUGGUGAAGGACAUGGACAGCAUGCCCCUGAGCAGCCUCUCCACCUCUGCACUCGUGCAGGCUAUCCGGCAGGAGGUGGCCAAGCUGGCGAAGAAACAAAAUGACAUGUUUGAGUUUUAAUUCUGCCCGCCUUGUGUGCAAGAGAUGGUAAACUGUGCAUUGGUCUUCAGUAGAGGUACACAAUGGUGGUUCUCCUUCAGACUGAUUUUUGAUGUUUGUACUGUAAAAUGAACUGAUCUUCUUUACCCGCUGAUUACCCAUUAAUUUCCUUUCACAUACUAUUGAUGUUUUUCGGCUCCUUACUUAAGGAACAGAAAAGGUUAUGAUUUCCUUCUUUUUCUUUCUUUCUUUCUCUCUUUUUUUAGGAAAAAAAACAAACAUCCUCUAUUAAUGAUGUCCCAAGUAACUACAUGCAUCUCUUCUUUGUAGAUAUGUCAAUAGAAUACGCUAAAUAUGGAAAAUAGAAUUUUUUUUUUCCAAGAUUAGACAUUUGUGUGAAUCAGCAUCAGUUGAGAAGAGAGAAAAAGUAGCAUUAUUGUUUGUACUGAGAGGACCAAAUGCUUCCUGUCAGAUGUUACGUAUAAACCACAGUGUAUAUGAGCAUGUACAGUAUAAGGACAUCAUUUAUCUUAACUCCUUUUAUAGACCAUUAACUCCAGCAAGACGGGCUCCAUGAAUACCAAAUCAAACUACCACAUCACUUUUGAAAAAUUCUUCAGUUUAUUUUCAUGUCAUAUAACAUAACAACAAACACUGAUUGUCUUUGAUGAUCUAAUAUUUUUUUUUAUUAAAUUGAAUAAAUUAAUUUAAACUGUAAUUCCUGUUAAUUAACAAAUGCACUCAAUCUAGUAUAUUUGUAUCUGCCUUUUUAGUUGUACCCAACUGAAUAUGAAAUUGUAACAUGCAUCUGUAAUGAUGUGACAAAUAGAGAAUUUUUUCCUUUAUGUAUCUGAAAUAGAUGGAAGCUUUUAUUCUUGCAGUAUUUGUUUGGAUGUACACAAGGUACAUUGACUUGGUUGACACUGAUAGACAUUUUCUUUUAAAAGUAAUGGGUGGUUAUUUUAAUAUAUUACUGUUGCUGAAUACUUAAAAAGAUGAACUAUGACUUAACUCUAUGUUUCUCAAGAAAAUGGCAGAAUUGACUUUGAAAAACUCAAAUGCAAAAAUAUUUGGAGUUGAACAGCAGUUUUAUACUGAUCCCAGUGAUCUGAUGAUGCUCCGAUUUUAAUGCACAUUCACCCCCAACAUCUUUGUCACAAAUUCUGUUUGCUGCUGGUAAUAGUGCCACAGUUUCUUAUGAUGGUGGGCCCAUUGUUUGUUUACUGCGCCUUAAGGCAUUGUAACGGUCUUAAUGAGUGCACUUUACAAAUCAAACACUGUGGGUCACUGUUCUUGUGGGUAUUUGGGUUAAUGAGAGGUCCUGCAUCAGUGCUCUUGAGCUCGACGUGCUGAUGUCUUUGUGUAAUAUAGUGAAUGCCUGCCUGAGCUUUUGACUCAGAUUGUGAUGACUGCAAACUACUUGUCCUUUUCUAAGAACUGUGCCAGAAGCAAUGUGUUCAGCAUAAGCAUAAGAAAUAUCAUCAAGUCUGUAAGGUACAAAGUGCAUAUGCUGAGGUAGACAUCUGCCCAUAGAUACAACAGCAAAUUCAUAAUUCUGAAUAGGCUUCCAAACUUAAUCUUAACAUUAUUAAUAUAUUUAAAGUAUGUCUCAUUUUACUUUUUCAGUUUUACUGCCCUGAAAGAAGUCAGUUGUCAGCCAUACAUUAAAUAUCAUGACAGAGCAAAAUAGAGAAGCCACCAGGUCAGGUAAGAAAUAACUUAAAAACACAAAUAUCUACAUAUAAAUAGAACUAAAAUGAGAUUUUAUAUAAGACAGACACAUUCCUAAAACAUAAAUACAAGCAGAGGAUUAAGGAUCAGGACCUAGAAAUCAGAUCUGAUGUCAACUAUAAAGUAACAGUACAUGUUACACAACAGACUAAGCCCUCCAGUCUCUGUAGCUACUGGAAUAAAGGAGACUGUGGCUUGUCAAACUUAUUCCAACAGCAGGAAGGAGGGAGGUUUUUCUGUUUCAUGACAUACAUAAUAUCUUAAAACUGAGCAUAUUGCACUUGAGUGACUCAGCUGGACAUCUUAAUCAACUUUGUCGACUCAUUAAAAAAAAAAAAAAAAUUAAAGGCCACCAUAGAGGGGCAGUGCACAACUCAGUACCAUGAACUAUCCAAUAAAAGUUCUAUAAAACAAAA